AUGGAGGCAGCAGAUGUGGAGGCCAACAUCGACCUCUUGCUCAGCUUCGGUGCCGACCAGCUGGACAGAACUGAGGCCAGGCAGCUACUCGCGAAUCAUGGCAACAGCGUCGAAGCCGCCAUGGACAAAUACUUCAGCAGCAUGGAGCAACAAGGCGGUAUCUCGGUACUGAAAUCCCAUCUGCGCAACUCCCAGCCCAAGUGGGAUGAGACUGCUUUUGGAGGUGCCAUGUACGGUGCUGACGAUGCAACCGUUCCCAGUUUCAAUAUUGACUACGCUCCAGGACAUGACAACUACCCCCACAGCAAUGUCAAUAGCAGAGCACCCACGCGCCCGCCUUCUCGGACCAGCAUCGCCUCCAACCAAGCCCAGGCCGGCGACGCUCCAAUGCAGAGCAUAGAAGACCAAGAGAGUGGGGUCAUCGGCUCAAACUCCAACUUCAGGCCAGCUACUGGAGAUAAUUACGACACCUCUCAAUGGGCCUUGGUACCCACAACUACCGAGAUUAUCGCCGACCCAAUACCUAUCCAGAGAAAGCGCGAACAAGGUCAGCCCGCUAUCCUCAAGCCGUCGUCCAACUUCAACUAUCUGUCCAGUCUUAUUCCCAUCAUACAUUCAAUUCCGUUAUUUCGGAAUGCGCUACUAUGUCCCGGUAUAUUACAAGAGGACUAUUGGAUAGGUGAGGAUUGGUGGAGAGGCAAUCCAACCGAGGCUGGGCGCAUAUUCGAUGACAGCAUAGGCCGUUCAGAAGCUCACAACUUGGAGAUCAUCCACGAGGCACAGCGUCUCAUGGCUUUCCUCGACAACACGGACAGGAUCUAUGGAUCAGUGAAUGCCUUACUGCAGACCGAGGCUUGGGCAGAAAAUCAGUCGGCUGUCGAGGAUCCUGACGAUGACUUGCUUAAGUUCCUGGUCAUGUGGGGUUUUGCAGUACAGAGCCAUGUACCGAAUGUCGAGUUGAACGGUCUUCUUCGUUCCACUGUCAAUGUUGCGGGAACAACACAAGAAAGCUUUGCGCUCGACACCACUGUCACACGAGAUCAGUCUAGGCCCGACUUUAGCUUAUAUGAUGUCCUCGACGAUACGCUCUUUUCCUCAGCAGUCGGAAGCGCACACAUACGCGACGCCAGUAAUGUCCUCAUUAUCCGCCUGACCUCGUCAAAUACAGAGGCGUCCGAUCUUGGAUGUCGUGUACCAGCCACUCUCUAUGUCGACCGCUAUCUUGAGAAGAAUAAGCAUGUCAUUGACAGUAUGUACAGCGAUAUCAGAAAGCAUGAGGAACAGCUGAAUUCCAUUCAAAAGCAGUUGGAGAAGCUGAAAUACUAUACUCCAAAGAAGGCUGGUGCCAACAAAGUAGAAUCGCUGCAACUGCUUCGGACCAGCAUGACCAUAUAUGAACAUCCAGAGGGAGAUGAUUCACCCGAGGACGCACAGGUCUUAUCCCAGCUUCAAGACCUCUACAAAAGUAUUGAGGACAAGCUCGCAACACUUGAGAAACAGACUGAGCACACAAAGAACAUGAUUGUCGGUAUCUCUGGGAGAUUUAAGCCUCGCGUAGACGAUGGUGCCACGGACGACGAUACUGGGGACGCUACAGAUGGUGCAGCUAGGAGAGCUGCAGCAGAGUCUGUAGAGCCGGUCAAAAUUGAUUUCCCGGAAGGCCAGACACCAGAGGAUGCCAUGCACUACCCAUAUCAUCUCCAUGGCGUGGCCACUCGCCGUGACGUAGUCUAUGUGCGACACCCAGACAUCCAAUCUGAUGUUCCAGGCGCAAUGCAGUGGUGGCGAAUGCAGUAUGACUCUGAAUCCUCGAACCCAAUAAUAAGGCGAGACCGUCUCACACUACAAGAGGUCAUUGAGCGAGCGACUACCGAAUCUGCCUCGGCACUUCUUGUCUACGCCAACGAUGAUGCCAUGUCAGUCGAGCCUAUACCACUAGCAAAGCCCCUCCUCGAUUUCGUCAAACGCGACAAUCUCAACUUUUUGGAGGAGUUGCAAAAGAACGCAACAGGUUGGGAGGGCUACAACGAUUAUGACAAUGCCGGCCAGACAAGCUGGGACAACAGCACAGUGCGGUGGGACAAGCCUCCCGUAGGCGACUGGGUCGAGGACACUUUUCCCACAGACAACAACGAAUGGAGCCAAAUCUCCACCAAGGAACUACACAAUCGCGCUCGCAACGAUUCAAAUAUGAGUUCUGCUACUUUGACCCCAAACACAGAGGUCGAAGAUGACAACGACGCUUCUGGUGCCGCGACCCAGCCUAAUCUCGCCCGCCCCGCGGUUUCUCAACUCAGCAAUGCGAGUAGCGAGACCGUAGGCAGAAGCGAUGAUGCUAUGGAUGUUGAUACCCAGAAGUUGCAGAAUAAGGUUUCUUUCUCUGAUGUCGAUAUGCCGGAUGCGAUGGAUGAGGUCAAUGCACGGCACGGGAAGGGUGUGGAGGAGACGAAGAAGGGUAGUUAG